AGUUUGAUGACUUUUGUUUUCUAAAGCGCAUGAUUGACGAACGUAGAUCAAAACAAUAGAAUUUGCAAUGUUAAAUUUUUGCAACGGUUGUUAAAUAAAAAUAAUUUAGAAGAAGAAAAUAAUAAUAUACUUUUUUUCUAUAAAAUCUAUACAGGAUUAAAUUUUUUUGUACAAAAUAAAGAAAAUAAAUUGAAAUUUUCGAUAAAGUUGUUUAACAGGAUGUAAAAAGUUUUAUAUUUAAAUAUUAAAAUAUUGCUGCUGGUCUAGCUUUUCUUCGCCUCUUACAAAAGCGGAAAUGUGUAAUUUUUCAUUUACAACUUGAAUUUUAUGUUUAUUAAAUAUUUUUUUCUCGAAAAAUUAAACACUGUGAUUAAUUAAGAUAAUAAAUUAAUAAGUAAAAAAAGUAAUAAUAAAAUAAUUUGAAAAAAAUCAUUAAAAUAUUUAUUACAUAAUGGUGAAUUUUAAAAAUUAUACGCGUUUAAUAUUAUGUUUGCUAAUAUUUGUAUGUGAUUUAACGGUCAUCUUAACGUUUUCUUCAGAGAAUCAUUCAGUAAAUGUUUAUAAUAAUGAAACGCAAACAUUAAAUCAUACUAAACAACAUUAUGAUCGUAAAACGGAAAAUAUUGAUAAUAAACCUAAUGAUGAUGACGACGAUAAUGAUAAUAAAGAUGCUAAAAUCUUUAAAAAUGCCACUGACCUAGCUAUGGCGGCCACCGAAAUUAAACGUCCUCAACAACAUUUACCGGUGGUCAUAAAACCUCGAGGAUUUCAUUUACCUAAAAGCAGACCGGUUGAGCAAAAACAAACUGAAACUCAACAGCCAGCCGCCCAAAACUACUACAGCCAUUACUUUUCCGAUUUGCCUCCCUUAGAGCAUUUACAACCGUAUUUUCCACUAACUGAAGAUCCCAUUAUUGCCAAAUUUCUUUCACAACAAAACAAGCAGCUACAGCAACAACCAAGACAUCAACCUUACUCGCCAUACGAUGCCAGUAUAUUAGGCUCCGGUGAUUUUGGCAUUUUACGAGGAGGCACUUUCUAUUCCGCUGAAGACCAGUCCUACAGCAAUGAAGAAGCCAGCGAUAUCUAUUAUGGUGAUGCUAGCAAUACUCAUACAAUUUCCUCUACCGAAGGUUUUAUACAAAAGUAUACUUUUCCCGAAGAGCAGUUUGCUCAAUUUCGGGAUUUCGCUGAUUUGGCAACACCUGCCGAUUCAGCUUUUUCUCAAUAUGUUGUAGUAUAUGCUGCCAAAAAUGCUACCGCACCAUCAACAGAAAGAAGAAAUUCUAAACCUAAAAAUAUUUUCGAACAAUUGCAAGAGAUUGACAAGGAAAAGGCUUUGGAACAGAAGAAAUUAAGAAAGAAUCAAACGAAUACAAGCAUAACUAAAUUGAAAUUGGUGAAAACGAAAUUGUAUGAAAAGAAAUGGGUACAAAAACAACCGGUUAAAGUUCCAGAUGAUGAUCCUUUAAUAGCUUUAAGUUAAUGUUGUAUUGAGAUUGAUUUCUUUUUUUCAAUAUUUUUGUAUUUCGAUGUUAAUUGGAAUAUUCAAAUUGGCUGUUGGAGUUUGAAAGGAAAUAAAAGAAAAUAAUUUAUUUUAAAAUCAGAA